AUGAAUGGCUUUCUAACCAGAGUGGCACAUCAUAAGAUUACCGUGGCUUCCUACCUACGCUUCACAGAAAAUCCCACGAACAGUCAGAUAGAUCAGUAUUUGAACAUUAUAAGGAAAACAGCGAGAAUUGUGUUUAUGUGUGCAGAGAAUACUAAUUUCCGAAAAAUAAUGAUACGAGCUCACUACAAUGGAAUGACAACGGGAGAUUACGUCUUCAUCGAUCCAAACUUUUUAUCAAACGACGAGCAAUAUCGGUACAGAGCAUGGUACAAGAAUGACUCUGAUGACGUCAUAUCACGUGAAGCAUUUCGUCAUGUCAUUCAUUUGACGGCAGCCAGAUGGUUUGACGAUGCCAGCAAGGAGCGUCACUUAGAACUAAUGAGGAUGAUCCCACAGAGAAUGACCGAGCCCCCCUGGAACGAUUCUACAGCACUUGAUGAAGGCUUAUCCCCCUCCACAUCAGCUCCAACAUUACAUGACUCUAUGUAUCUGGUCGUUCUGUGGUGGGAACAUUGUUACAAUAAAGGACUAAAUCACAGAGACGGUGCUGGACUUUUCAAAUUUACACAUAACUUAACUUAUAAUGGUACCAGUGGUAAAAUUCAUUUUGACGGUAAUGGAGAUAAACAGCCUGUGUUCUGGGUCGAAGAUCUGAAAAAUAAGAGCGAUGAAACAAGGAUUUUUGCCAUCGUAGAAACAGGAUCAGAAGUAAGAAAGCAUCAGCUUUAUAAGUCUACUUUGUGGUUGACCAAAGACGGGGAGGCACCACCAAGUACACCACCGUGUGGUUUCUCUAACGAGUUCUGUCCACCUAUAAUCAAAGAUCAUACCACUGAAAUUAUAAUCUCCCUGUCUGUUGUCGUCGUUUUUCUCAUCGCCAUUAUUAUAUCGGGAUUUUAUAUCAGGAAGAGAAAAUAUGACCUGCAAAUAAUAAAGAUGACUUGGAAAAUUGAUAUCAACGACAUUAGCAGAAAGGGAAACAAGCGCGGAAUCGGUAGUCAGCUCAGUAAGAGUACCUUUUCAAUGAUUGACUGUGAAGCCAGUAGUAAUGGUACAAGCAACCUUAACUUUACCAAGACAGCCGAGUAUAAAGGUCAGACUGUAGCAAUCAAAAGUAGCCCUCUGUCUACAGUUCAGCUCAAUAUGACGGACCUGGUGGAACUAAGAGCGAUGCGGGAUUUUUUGCAUUCCAAUGUGAAUCCUUUUAUCGGCGCUUGUAUCGAUCCUCCCAAUAUCUGCUGCCUGUUUCUGUAUGGCACCAAGGGAAGUCUUCAGGAUGUCUUGGAAAAUGAUGAUAUCAGAUUAGAAUGGGCUUUCAAAGUUGGAAUAUUGAAAGACAUUGCCAUGGGAAUGAAGUAUCUCCACUCAUCCGUCCUGAAAUCCCACGGGCGACUUAAAAGUUCUAAUUGUAUCAUCGACAACAGAUGGACUGUGAAGGUCACAGAUUACGGCGUAUCAGCUUUCUACGAGCAUGAACAACUGGAAAAUAUUAAGAAAAUGGAAAAAUUUAAAGAUUUAUUAUGGACAUCUCCGGAAAUAUUGAGGUCUGGCGACAUAGCUCCCAGAAAUGGCACACGGGCUGGUGAUGUAUACAGUUAUGGAAUCAUCAUGCACGAAACGUUUUACCGAAACGGACCAUUUCCUAUUUCAGGAAAAACAGCAAAAGACAUAAUAAAGGGCAUACACAGUGGCCAGUCGUAUAAACCUGAAAUCAUCAAGACAGAGGCCAUUAAACCUCAGAUGUUGAAAUUAAUGAAGAUGUGCUGGGAUGACGAUUGGCGACUGAGGCCUGAUUUUACCAGCAUUCUAAGCUUUAUUAAAGAAAACAACACCGAGGCGAGCGUGAGUAUUAUAGACUCCAUGAUAACGAUGCUAGAAAAGUAUGCCAAUAAUCUAGAAGAUCUAGUGGAGGAGAGGACAGUAGCACUCAACGAGGAGAAGGAUAAGACAGACCGUCUAUUGUAUAGGAUGUUACCCAGGCUUGUGGCUGAUAAACUAAAGAGAGGUGAAUUUGUUGUCCCAGAGGAGUUUGAGGCUGUUACCGUAUUCUUUUCAGACAUCGUAGGGUUUACCACUAUUGCUGCUAAGAUCACGCCGCUUGAUGUCGUGGAUUUCCUUAACGAAAUUUAUACGUUAUUUGACGAUAUAAUUUCCACAUAUGAUGUUUAUAAGGUGGAAACGAUUGGUGACGCCUAUAUGGUGGUCAGUGGGCUGCCGGAACGGAAUGGGAAUGCUCACAGUAGCGAGAUAGCUAACAUGUCACUGGCCAUAUUGGAACAACUCAAACAAUUCACGUUAAAGGCUAUCCCUGAACAAAAAGUAACGGUUAGGAUAGGUCUACACACAGGACCAGUCUGUGCAGGUGUUGUUGGACAGACGAUGCCGCGGUACUGUCUCUUUGGAGACACAGUGAAUACAGCAUCAAGGAUGGAGUCUAAUGGAGAAGGUGGAAAGAUUCAUAUCACAGAAAACACAAAGACUGCGUUGCACAAUCUUGGAGGUUAUGAGAUGUUAGACAGAGGAAAUAUAAAAAUAAAAGGAAAAGGAGAAAUGUUCACGUAUUGGUUGUUAGAUAAAACAAAGGUUUUACCUCCUAUAUUCUCCCCGAGUAACUCAGAAAAGAAACAAAUGUGCAGUUUUACAAGACAGCAAAUGUCUCUUAGAUGUGGAGUAGAUGUAACAGACGGAUUUCCCGGCGAGGAAUGGACGGAAGUCUACUACUGACCUGAGAAUUACAAAGAACAACCUACAGAACUUUACAUAUUUAAAACGUCAGGCACCGGACAAUUAAACUAAGAUGAGCUUAAUUACUUAUGAUCUCAGUUUAACCUUCCACUAUAAAUUAAAAAAAAAGUUAAGAAAUGGAUAAAAAUGAAACUGAGAUAAAAUGUAGGCUCAAUAAAAAUAAAUCAAGGCCUGAAAGCCAGAUUACCUGAAUGCAAAGAUAUAUAUUUUGUUGAAAAAUAAUUAAAAACUGGUUAUGCGUAUUCUAAAGCUUAUUGCGUCAAUUUCGCAAAGAAACUUCAAACAAGGAUGCUUUCGUUACAAGAAAUGUCACACUAUAACGGAACUAUGAAAUUUUGUGGUAUAAUAAAUUGGUAGAUGACUGAGCAAAUAAAACUGAUGGAUUACAGAUUAGUAAUCCAACAUACUGAGUAUUGUCAAUCAUACAUUUUCG